AUGGGAAUCAAAAUAAAUCAUAAUUCAAAACUAGAUCAAAAUAGUUGUCCAUAUAUUCAACGAUUAAAUAAACAAAAAAAAGAAAAACAUGACCAUGAGAAAAGUAAUUUGACAAAACAAAUCUUUAAUUCCUUAUUUCCUGGCGGUCCACUUGUUAAUUCUUUGUUGGGAACAUUUUAUAUUUCGUCAGUUCCAAAUUUCAUAUUAUAUUUUGUUCCACCUGAUAUUGACACAUCUUCAUUGAAUUCGCUUGUAAGUUUUGCAGUUGGUGGAUUGCUUGGCGAUGUAUUUUUACAUUUAAUUCCUCAUUCAUUCUUGGGUGAAGAUAAUGAUGAUCAAGUACAUUUUGUUAAAGUUGAUGAACAAAAAAAUAUCAUAAUUGGUUUAGCAAUAUUCAUUGGGUUUGUUGCAUUUUUUAUAAUCGACAAAUCAAUGCGUGUGUUAAAUGGUGGUGAUGAUAACUCGGAAAAGAAAAAUUCAGGUCUGGAUGAAAAAAUAUCUUCUUCAACUACAGCAUUUGAUAAUAAUAAUCAAGAUGAAAUUUCUUUACGUCAAAGAAAUGUAAAUAAAUUAGAAAAAGUAGCUAAUGAUAAUAAUAGUAAUGAUGAUAUUGUUGUGAAAAACAAAUCUACAAGCAUUAAAUUAUCAGCUUAUUUAAAUCUUAUAGCAGAUGCAACUCACAACUUUACUGAUGGACUUGCAAUGGCAGCGUCAUUUUAUACGUCACCAAGCAUUGGAGCUACUACAACAGUUGCUGUAUUUUUCCAUGAAAUACCACAUGAAAUAGGUGAUUAUGCGAUAUUAAUACAAAGUGGUUUCACCAAAAAACGUGCAAUGUUUUCCCAAUUUAUCACUGCAAUUGGUGCAUUUCUUGGUACAUUAACUGGAAUAAUAAUAGAAGAAUAUAGUAAACAGCAGCAAGAACAUCAUCAAAGCAACAAUCUUGAUUAUGAUAAUAAUAGUUUUGGUAUUUUUGGCACAGGUGUAUUAAUAGGUGAUUUGGUUAUACCUUUUACUGCAGGUGGAUUUCUAUAUAUUGCUACUGUUGGUGUUAUACCUGAAUUAUUAAAUGUCUCUGGAAAUUUUACAAAAGAUCUUAAGCAAUCUUUAAAAGAAUUUUCUACAAUGUUUAUUGGUGUUAUGAUGAUGGCAAUUAUUUCUUGGAAUGAAGUAUAG